UGUUAGUUUUUAUAGCAUUAAACAUUUUCUCUAUCCUGUCUUGUUUUUCUCUGAUUCCAUAUUUUCUAAGCGCCCGUCAGCUGGCGUUCAUGUAACUAAUAGGCACAAGAUGGGGCAAACUACAAAUUGACAAUUGCAUUUGCUGAGACGAUUCGUUUUUAUAUCUCUCAUUUUCUACAUGAAUUUGUCAAAAUUUGCAGAACAAAAGGGUAUUUAAUAAAUGUUUUCUUCGAAGUAAAGCGCAUUUCGAAAGACAUAAAAUGUUAAAAGUGACUAUCGGACAGGGUAAAGGAUUAAGGACCUUUCAAGAAGUAUGGCCCGAAAAACGUCUUAUAGUACUGAAACUAUUAAAUCAGGAAACAGUUUCUCAAUUGGAAUGGCAGGAAUUGUUUUAUGGCGUACAUUUGGUUUGUUUGUGGGAUGAGAAAGGAGCCAUAAAAAUUUAUGAUUGCUUACAAGCAGAUAUUGUCGAAUUUAUAGUGCAUGCUCAACGCAAGUUGCAAUCACAACGCGGCGAACAGGCACUUCUCACGACAUACAUUGUAGAAUGGCGUAAAUUCUUCACACAAUCCAAUUACCUGCCACUACCUUUUCGUCAGUUGGAACAGUCUCUUCAGUUCAAGGUGCCCACGUCCACGUCCACCUCAACAUCUGCAUCUAGUUCCUCUGCCGCCAGUACAAGUGCCAAUACUGCAUUAACUUCACCGGCGGCCGGUCCCUCCACAUCAGCUGCUGCCGCCGCAAACUCCACAACUUCACCUUCAAGUGGUAGUAGUAGUAAAAAAAAUACCACUGAAGUUUCUAUUGUCCGAAAACUUAUGCUUGACUCGUGGAAUGAACAUAUAUUUUGUGAUAUAAAAGAUCGUUUACAAGAAUCGGCAAUGAAAAUUGUGCAUGCCGAACGCAACGGCGAUGCCUAUGAUGCGCAGCUAGUGAUUGGUGUGCGUGAAAGCUAUGUCAAUUUAUGUUCUAGUCCAGACGACAAACUUCACAUUUAUCGGGAAAAUUUUGAAGCUGCUUACUUGAAGGCAACGGCGGCAUUCUAUCGCCUCAAAACUACAGAACAACAACAAGCAAACGGUGUAUUGGCUUUUAUGAGAUAUGCAGACGCGAAAUUGCGGGAAGAAGAAACUCGUGCGAAACGAUACCUUGAACCAAGUAGCUAUUGUGAUCUGAUUCAAACCUGUGUCAAGGCACUAGUCGGUGAUCAUAUGAACAUAAUUAUCGCCGAAUGUGCUGCGCUUAUAAGAGAAUACGAAACAGAAAAACUAAAUCUUAUGUUUCGUCUUUUGGAUCGUGUACGUGAUGGUGUUGAACCGAUGUUACGUGACUUAGAGAGCCACAUUGUUACUGCUGGUCUAGCAGAUAUGCUCUCAGCCUCCGACGUAAUCACCCAAGACUCGGAAAAAUACGUCGAGCGACUUCUCGAACUCUUUAAUAAAUUUAGUUCAUUAGUAAAAUAUGCCUUCAAGGAUGAUCCUCGAUUCUUAACGGCGCGUGACAAAGCAUUCAAAACGGUUGUCAACGAUACAAGCGUAUUUAAGCUCGAACUGCCAACCGGCCUAACAAAUCGUGGGGUUAAGUCCAUUACUCCGGAGAGUAAAUGUCCAGAACUUUUAGCAAAUUAUUGCGACAUGUUACUGCGUCGCACGCCAUUAAGUAAGAAGCUCACUAGCGAACAAAUCGAUGCUCGAUUACGCGAUGUACUAUUAGUGCUAAAAUAUGUCAAUAAUAAAGACGUAUUUAUGCGCUACCACAAAGUGCAUUUGACAAGAAGACUCAUACUUAGUACUAGUGCUGACAGCGAAAAGGAAGAAGAUAUUGUUGAAUGGUUACGAGAAGCGGGUAUGCCGGCAGAUUAUGUGAAUCGCUUAGGGCGUAUGUUCCAAGACAUUAAACUUAGUGAAGAUCUAAAUACUCAAUUCCGAAGCUGCACCGGCCGUCACGAUGCAAUUAAUAUAAAAAUUCUCAAUGCUGGGGCUUGGGCACGGUGCUCUGAACGAGUUUCUGUGAGUCUGCCCCUUGAAUUGGAAGAUUACAUUCCUGACGUGGAAGAGUUUUAUAAGAAAAACUUUUGUGGUCGUAAAUUACAAUGGUAUCAUCACAUGAGCAAUGGUACAAUUACAUUUGUAAACAAUUUCGGUCGGUACGACCUGGAUGUAACUACUUUCCAAAUGGCCGUACUUUUCGCAUGGAAUCAGCGACCGCAUGAUAAAAUUUCGUACGAAAAUUUGCGUUUAGCGACAGAGUUACCAGAUCCCGAGCUCAGACGAACACUCUGGUCGCUUGUGGCGUUUCCAAAACUGAAAAAACAAAUUUUGCUUAUGGAACCAGCAACAAUAACAACUCCGAAAGACUUUUCAGAAAAUACUUUAUUUAGUGUUAAUCAAGAGUUUGCUGUUGUGAAAAAUGGCAAAGCACAGAGAAGAGGAAAGAUGAACAUGAUUGGCCGUUUGCAACUGAGUACAGAGCGUUCACAACAGGAGGACAAUCAAUCAAUAGUGCAGUUGCGUAUAUUACGCACCCAGGAAGCCAUUAUAAAAAUUAUGAAGAUGCGCAAACGCUUGAAUAAUGCAACAUUGCAGGCCGAAUUGAUUGAUAUACUCAAGAAUAUGUUUUUGCCUUCGAAAAAAAUGAUUAAAGAGCAACUCGAAUGGUUGAUCGAACACAAGUAUAUGCGACGUGAUGAUGAUGAUAUCAAUACAUUCAUUUAUGUGGCUUAAUGAGUGCUUGAACAUGCAGCUGACUAGGCUGGACCGCAUUGAAAAGAGAGUGAGAUAAGUUGUAUCACUAUUGUCACUCCUUUUUUACGAUCUUUUAAAAAUUAAAUUUUACCUUAUAAGUUAAUUGAAGUGGUCCAAAUGUGGGAUUCUACUUA